AUCUACAAAAUAAUUGAAUAGCCAUACGAAUGAUUUUGAGAGAAAGAAUUCAAUGAGAGAGAGAGAUCUAGAUCUACAAAUUAUUGCAUUUGUGUGAUCCAAUGACAGUUUAGGAAUGGGGAAGACUAGCAAAUGGAUCAAGAAUUUGUUGACCGGAAAGAAAGACAAGACCACCGGUCAACCACCAAUAGCCACCCAAAACAACCCAUCAUCCCCCGUUACCACCCAGCCUACACCUCCCAAAGAGAAGCGUAGAUGGAGUUUCCGGCGACCAUCCUCCACCACCACCGCCCAUCCGAACUCCAUGGACAUUGCAUCCACUAAGAGGAGCCAUGCACCAACAAUGGUGGCACCACAAGUGGACACAACGGCUAGUACGCCUAUCACAACCGCAGCAAGCGUUACCAUCACGGUUAAGGUCAAAGAGAACGCGGCCGCCACAAAGAUUCAAUCGGUUUUCCGCUCUUAUCUAGCGAGAAAAGCUUUAUCUGCAUUGAAAGGGCUAGUGAAGUUGCAAGCGUUAGUUAGAGGUCACUUGGUGCGCAAACAUGCAGCCGAGACUCUACGAUGCAUGCAUGCUCUAGUUAUGGCUCAGGCUCGAGCUCGUGCUCAUAGAACACAAGCACAGUAUCAUGGUGUCAAUAAUCAAGAACUAGUGGAAGAAAACAUCAAGAUUGUGGAAAUGGACAUUGGUCAUACACGACCGCAUCCAUUUGAAACCGCUCAUGUUGACCACUUUGCCUGCUUGAAACCCGACUAUCAUUCUAGACCGAAUUCUACUUAUUCUAUAAUGGAUGAUACUCAAACGCUCAAAGAAUUUGGGUCGUGUCCAAGUUAUAUGGCAAACACUCAGUCUUCAAGGGCUAAAGUGCGAUCUCAUAGCGCGCCAAAGCAGCGCCCUGUGGAUCAUACUUGGGCCCACGAGAGACAGUCUACAAGUAGUAUUAAGCGAAGACCUUCUAUUGAAGGAAGGAAUGUACCAAGAGCUGUGAGGAUGCAACGUUCGUCUUCUCAUGUUGGUUUGUGUCCUCAAAGUAACCACUACCCGUGGUCAAUUAGGCUUGACAGGUCAACGGUAUCUCUUAUGGAGAGCGAGUGUGAGUCCACGAGUACUGUUUUAACCAACGGCUAUUGUAGCAAAUCAGUUGCUGGAUAUGGGUACUAAGCACGCUUAACCGAAGUCAAAUCAUAAAGCUUCAACGACCAUGUUGAAUAAACAUCGUUUGUAGGUCAGUAGAUAAGUGUUGAAAGGUUUCCUCAAAUAAUUUUGCAAUUGUUAAGAAAAAUAUAUAAAUGUUAAUUUGACUUAUGACGUUGACUUGA